AUAAACUGUCAAGUGUAGUGGGAGAAAGAAAGAGACCUUUCUCGGCACGGUUCUCCGAAAGCUGCAACUUGAUUGGGAAUUAAGCGUGCUUCGUUUAAAUGAAGACGUUUUAUGUGGCUGUCGUCGGAGCGAACUGAGUAUUGAUUGCAGUCAGCCGCAAGCUUUGUAACUGAACCGCUGUGCUUCGCGAGCUUCGCCACUUUAUCGAGCUUAAUAGUGUUCUCUAGCUCGGGAAGCUGGUCAUUCACACAGAGCGUUCCAGCGGCGUCAGUUGAGAAGCUGUACGACGCGACAGCUAUUACUGUAACUAAGGGCCUAACCUUCGCUUAUAGUUGAGGGACUAGUUAGUGGUGGUUUGAAUACGCAUCUCUAGUGUGUAUCAUCUUAAAGUGAGCCAUGCACCAGGACAGACUGUCCACGGUGUCCCAAGUGUCGCAGUUAACAAGUCGAACAUGGCAUCCCCAUGUAUACGCAAGGCCACCCAAACAACCAACACCACACUUCAUUUCAGAUAUCUUAGGGCUCAGAGACUCAUCCCUAAUGUCAUACCAAACAAAAAACUCGAAUGAUAAGACCCAGUUAUACAGCGAGGAUGAACAUUCUGGACUAAACGGUGUUCCUUUUAAUGGUAUGCGUCAACUUUCAGUAAAUGAUAAAGUAAAUUCAAGACCAGACAGUGAGGGACCACUAAACCUUUCGUGUACGACUCACAAAAAAAUGAUGUCGACAUCGUCUCGAAGUCCUGUUGCUCCUAAGUCAAUAGACAGUUUGGUGUAUAAAGAAAAACUUCCAAUUGUAACAACAGAGCCAGUUGAUAGCAGAUCGUCUUUGUCUCAGUCUUCUUUGGACAGUUUCGUACAAGUGGAUCCUCUAGGCCUAGUUGAUAAAGUGACUUCUUAUGCUAAUGAAUCUAACAUUAAAAAGCUUAGUGAUGCCAAAAAACUUGAAGAUUCGGGUUCAGGGACCGAGGAUACAGGAAGUCCAAAUUUUCCGCUUGGAGGCGCAGCAUUAGGUAAAACGGGAGGCAGUAAGCCAGUGAAACGGAAGAAGCCUGACAAGAGUCACGAUUCACCCGACGGGUGUGGCGCCGAAAACAGUGGUUCCGGGAACGAAUCCACGGGAGACAAGGGGAAACGAAAGAAAGCAAGGACCACGUUCACGGGCCGACAGAUAUUCGAGUUGGAAAAACAGUUUGAAGUCAAGAAAUACCUGUCUUCUAGUGAACGAGCUGAGAUGGCAAAACUGCUUAAUGUGACGGAAACUCAGGUUAAGAUUUGGUUCCAGAACCGACGUACCAAGUGGAAAAAGCAGGACGGCCAAAACAAUUCAGACGCCAUUUCAGACUCAAAAGUUACCCCAGAGAAACAACCUCAGUCCACUGGUUCCAAACCAAAGACUUCCAAAUCUAACCGUACCAAAAGCGACAAACCAACCCCAAAUCAACACAAGGAAGACAAGAGAGAAGGAAAGGAAACUGUCACUGUGACAACCAAAACACUUCCUUGUGAAACUAUCGAGACAGUAGAUGAUACCGAGGGCAAAAUAGUCGAAAAUUGCUUGGUAGUCGAAAAUAGAUUAAAUUACAUUUGUGAAAAUGACAUGGAGAGAGGUUCAAACCCCAACAGCGACCUUCACUGCCAGGAUAGGGAACCCAACACAGGAGAGACACUUUCUCCAGAGGCCAGCAUCAGCGAAACCUCCAACGACCCAGAAAAAGAAAACACAAACGGACUACAAGUGGAGUCUGGUAUCAUUGACUCAUUACAGUCCUAACAGUGGCAUAUCAUUGGUUUCAAAGCGCAACGGCAUCAUCUGUUUUUCUAUUUCCUGACAAGUAAAUAUGUUUAUGUGAAAAAA